AGAAGGCUGGUUGCUGUGUUGUGGAGUUGCAGUGUUGGACCUGAGGUACGAGGAUGAACAGCGUAGACAAUAUGAAUAAUAAUGAAGUGACGAAGUGCUGCUUCUUAACAGAAGAACGCAUGAGCAGCGGGGACUGGCUUUCGCUUGCCAGGAUCACUUACCUGGACCAGCGUACGACGUCACGUGUUUGGGAAGGUGCAACAAGACUUGCUAGAAAUGAUGAUAGGAAUACUGAUGCUGUUGGAGUAAUAGCAUUCUACAGGCGGUUGCUACAUUAUGACUGCAUCAUAUUAGUGAAGCAAUACAGCCCAGCCCUGAAGGCUUACACUAUUGAAAUGCCAGCUGGCCUGGUGCAAGAGAAUGAAACACCGGGUGAGGCUGCCAUGAGAGAGUUGAAAGAAGCUACAGGAUUCGUUGGCGCUGUUAAGAAGAUUGGCCCGGUGCUCGCAAUGAACCCAGGAACGUCCAGCAGUCUGAUGAGACUUGUUACUGUUGAGGUAAACGGAGAUGAGCCCGAGAAUCUUCUUCUUCUCAUACCAGUGUCCGAGCUGCUGGAUAAACUUAGGGCCUUUGCUGCGGCUGGAUUUGUCAUAGAUUCCAGAAUUGACGCAUUUGCUAUUGGCUUGGUUAUGGGAAAUCAUUCUAGGAAAACAAAAAUACCUACAACAUUGAUGUAAAUGUUCCAUAUUAUCUUAUAAAUGUAACUUAAUUUAUCAAGUAUUGAAUGUUUUGCAUGUCGAGUUGUUUUUCGGUACUUGGUAUACAUAAGGACAAUUGCCAAGAGACUGAAAGGGCUCUGUGUGAAAAAAAAAAGCUUCAGAUUAAUAAUACAUAAUUUAAUAUUGUUAUCAUUUAAUUCACAAGGCAUUUCAUGAACAAUGUUUAAUUUCUUUUACUCACUUUCUGGAAAAAUGUGCAUAUAAUUUUCUAUUAUUGUAUAUCUCCUCAGUGUAUAUCAUUUACUAUGCAGUGUUUGUUAUUUGUAUUCUGUUCUGUGAAUAAUUCUAUGUAAAAUAAAUAUCCAUAUUUAAUUUUC